AUGGCCCUGGUGCACGUGCUUCAGCUGCUGGCCCUCUGCCAGGUGGGUGGGGCCCCAGGACCCAGCCAUCCCUGUUCCCCAGCCCCCCCAGAUGUACACCCCAAGCCGCGGCUGGAGGUCCAGCCAGCUGAGGUCGUGACCCCGGGGAUCAACGUGACCUUGAGGUGCCAGGCGCCGCGGCCGGCGGGCAGGUUUGCGCUCUUCAGGUCUGGAGAGAUGGCGGCGCUGCAGGACAUGUCGGAGCCGGCUCAGCUGGCCGACUUCCUCCUGGGGGAGGUGACCCCAGCCCAGGGGGGCAGCUACCACUGCUGCUACCAGGCCUGGGGCUGGGCACCCGGGGUCUGGUCCCAGCCCAGCGACGUCCUGGACCUGCUGGUGACCGCCGCGCUCCCGCGCCCGUCGCUGGUCCUGCUGCCUGGCGCCCCGGGGACCCUGCGCUGCGCCGGCGGCCGCGGACACAUGAGCUUCGCGCUGUACCGGGCGGGGCUGCGCCUGCCGCUGCUGUUCCGCCGCUCGGCGCUGCGCUGGGCCGACUUCCCGCUGCCGGGGCCCGGCACCUACAGCUGCUACUACCACACGCCCGCCGCGCCCUACGUGCUGUCCCCGCGCAGCGCGCCGCUCAGGCUGCCGCAGGGCUCUUCCGACUACACCCGGGGGAACCUGGUCCGCCUGGGCCUGGCCGGCCUGGUCCUCGUCUCCCUGGCCACGUUGGUCGCCUUGGACUGGCGCAGCCGCAGCCUGGGCGGAGGGAGCCCCCUGCCCGGACCCCCAGUGGACGGGGUCUAGGAGCUGGGGGAGACCCGCUCCUCGUGGCCAGCCGCACCCCUGCCGGCCACCUCCACGCCGCACCCUUGUCGCCUCCAGGAAGACACCAGUGGGUCAGGCCUGCGGCCCAAGGACCUGAGUCGGUGCUGGAUUCCCGGCCCAAGGUGCCCGUGCCACCUACCGCUGAGCUCAGUGCUUGCUCAGCCACCGGCAAUGCCCGGCCAGCUGGACAGACAGCAGACACUGUGGCGGUCUGCUAGUCACGCCUGAGGCCCAGGUUCAGUCCCCAGCACCACCACCACCACCACCGGCCAGAGCUGAGCAGGACCUGGGCUCUAUUUCUCCUUGUAUCUCUCUCACUGAAAUAAACAAAGUAUCUUUUA